AUGUUCUACAAGAUAGUUCUUCAGCGCACGGUAAAUGUAAAGCCAGCAGACCUGUGCAACACCCUGAAUCGCAGUCUUCUGACCUUCCUGCGGGAGGCGGUCGAGGGAAAACCGCUUCCGUCGCCGGACAGCGUCGCCAGUAUCGCGCUCGACUUCGUCACGGCAAGCAAGUCCUCUGCGGUGGUGAUUGCCGUGCUCGAUAUCCUCAAUGCGGAGACGCUGCAGGGCAAGGUGCUGGAUGACGGAAGCGUGACGUUCCGGCUUACCUAUGAGGCGUUGGUGCUGAAGCUGCACCGAGGGGAGGUGCUCGACCUGCUGGUCAGUGAUGUGGACGAGACCGGCUUCUGGGCGAGCGUUUAUGGGGUCAAUAAGCUUUUCGUGAAUCGAAACCAAAUGGGCGAAGAUGUGAAAACAGGCGCUUUGGAGUGGUCUUUCGAGGCGGAAACGGCCGCGUGGGUCAGCAAUGACGAUCGCCACUCCAUCAAGAAGGAUACGAUGGUGCGGGUGCGCGUGAUUGCCGAAACCCCGCAAUCUGAGCGUGGUAUGGCGGUAGGCACCAUCGGUGCUCCGUUUCUGGGCCCACGUAUCGGCAGCUAUUAG